CUCUCUCUCUCUCUCUCUCUCUCUUUCUGAAAUACAGUUAUAUUUCCAUGUCUUCUGGUAAUUUCAAGGUUUUUUUUUUUUUUAACUUUAACAGUCUAAUAAAUCUGCAGUUCAAGUUUGAUUAGAGUUUGUUAUGUUACAUGAGUGUGUAAAAGGUGGUUUUUAGAUGUUUGGGCCAUCCAGUUAUUCUAAUAGUGCAAAAAUAUGAACUUUGUGUUAUAAGCAUUUGGGGACGUCCUCAAGAGAUGCUGCCUUAGCGCUCCUGUGGAGAUAAGUACAGCUCUCUGGAUAAUCCCAAAUAUUAAAAAAUAUCAAUUAUUUUUUGAGGAAAAAUUAAUUCUAGCUGAUAGUCUUGUUUAAAUAACAUUAACUAAUUUAUACUUUUGAACCAGGUUUUACUGCAACUAGCAGACUGGGGAGUUUCUUAACUUAGAACAGGUUCAUAAAAUACCACAAACACCCGACUGUCUGAACAUGAAACUGACUUUAGUGCAGUAAGAAGCAGCAGCUUGCAGCUCAUCGGUCUGCGUUCAUGACAAUCACAAUAUUCACUUUACAUUAUAUUACAUUACUUCACUUUACUCAUCACACCGACUACAUGAACAAGUGCACAACUUAUGCUAAUAGUACAUGCAGUAGAUUUGUUCAUGUUUUUGUUUACAUGCAGCAUGAACUCUAUAUCCUGACAUUCAUGAGGGAAAAAAUCAACAUGUAAGAAACUGAUACUUCUAGAAAUAAACAUAAGCAUCCAAAGUAACAAACACAGUGUGUGCACAAAAGAAACUAACGUGUGUCUUGUGGUUUCCUUCACGUCUUCAGGAAGAUUUCUGCUCUUUAUCACCUCUGACAAUCCUCACACACACUCCCUUCACACACUCAUCUCACAAUCCUCACAUCACUCUUUUCUACACACUCCUCAUUACACACUUCUCACACUCUUCAUCACACACCCCACAAACACUCAUCACACACUCCUCCACUGUGUGUCAGGAUGAAGCUCCUCACUCUGGUUCUCUUGUUUUUCUCUUUCUCCUCACUGAGCCUGACAGAGGUUGUUAAUUCAUUUAAACAAUCCUGUCCUAACUUCUGCAUCCGGAACCCGAAAAAACCAAGUGACAUCAUCAUCCCCACUAUCUUCAGUGGAGAUCAGUAUAAGAUGAUUUACCUGCGCUGGAAAACCGAAUACAGGUUUGCCACCGUGUACGACACUGAGAGGAGGAUCCCUGUUUACUCCGCCUACACAUUCUCAGGGAAAGUUAAGACUAACCGCAUCAAUGUUUGGAAAAUUGAACCUCAGCUGGAAAAUAUCAAAGAAUAUAAAAGUUUGAAAGAGAUGAUUGAUUCCCCGAGAGAAGCAGGGAAAAUAUUUAACCAGGCUGUGGACUCUUAUUACAAAGACAUAAAGUAUAUUGAAGUCAUUACUAGAGGUCAUGUGUUUCCAUAUCAGUUUGCUGCUGAUCAGGAUCAAUCAGAUUCCACCUUUACGUUAACCAAUGUAGCACCACAAUCAAAUGUCAGUAACCAUAAGUGGGGCAAACAAGUGGAGGACCAGAUGCUUAAAGAAAUAAAAGAGAGCAGCACACUCAAACAAAAUCACCAGGCGUACAUUGUGACCAGGGUCGUCCCAGGGGAGAACCGGAUAUCCAUAACAACAAAUGGAAAAGUAAUUGAAAAAGGUAUUAACAUUCCCAGUCAUUUCUGGAGUGCUUUCUAUUGCAUGAAUAAAACACAUCCUAAUAUACGCACAGUGAAGACUUACUUAGCUGAGCAGGAGAACUUUAAACUUAGACACCCCAGCAUUUACAAUCUGAAUAAACAACUCAGUGAUCUGUAUGAUCUUAAGAAUAAGAAGACUAAUAUGAAAGAGACUUUCAGUGUGUUUCCAGGAUUAGACUUAAAAUAGCAUGACAAAUAGUUUUGUUGAAAUAAUGCUGAUUAAAACUUCUGCAGCAAGCAAAUUAUUUUAGGUUUUAAAAAAAAGGUGCAUAUUCUUACUAAACUUUUUUUUAACUUUUUUACUGAAUCCAGGCUUUUAUUUACAGCAAAUUUCACACUCGGCUGGAUUACUGACAAUGAUUAAUCUGUUCUAGAGAGCAAGCCGGACUAGUUAGCUAGCAUUUAGUCUUUACCAGCUUUCACUCCAAGAGCACUGUAAUGGAUACGGUGUGUGUUGGUGGUGUGUUGUUGGUGUGUUGUUGUUGUUUUCUCCAUCAUCACAAAAGGGGGUUCAGUCAGUGUGUUGAAGCAGCAAAAAAUCUAUGACUUUGUUCAGCUUCAUUUUUCUUUAAUGCUUGUACGCUCCUUUUGUGCAAAAUCUUUUUCCUCAACCCCUCUUCAGUUUGCUACUCUUGCA